GAAGCAGAAAUCCUCUUCGGGUAAGAACGGGAUGUGAGCGCGUGGAUAUGGAUGAAUUCUAAAGCCAGCAUCAUGCCAUUUUUCAACUGCACCCGGUCUCUAGUGAAUUUCUUAACCGGGAGCCCGGGCUUUUGAGUAGAACACGCACCAUGGACUCUGUGGACGUGUUUGUGUGUCUUUUGGUAGUGGCAAUCAUCGUAGUAUCGUUGCUGUCCAACGUCUUGGUGCUGAUCUGCUUUUUGUACAACCCGGAAAUCAGGAAACAAGUACCAGGGCUUUUCACUUUAAACCUUACCUUCUGUAACUUGUUGCUAACCGUCUCCAACAUGCCGCUAACUUUGGUAGGACUCGUUAGCAAGGGGCAACCGGGGAGCGACGCGUUCUGUAACGCUGUCGGUUUCUUGGAGACGUUCCUGACCACCAGCUCUAUGCUGAGUAUGGCAGCGCUCAGCAUCGACAGGUGGAUCGCAGUGGUCUUCCCCCUCAGCUACCACUCCAAAAUGCGCCACCGGGACGCAACUGUAGUUCUAGGCUACACGUGGGUGCAUUCAAUGUCGUUUUCUGCGGCGGCUGCAUGUUUUUCCUGGGUGGGCUAUCAUCAACUUUACGCCUCAUGCACUCUGAGCGAGACAAGGGCGAGCCACGGCCGGACUCAGUUCAUUGUAUUUACCGUCACUUUUCACGCGCUAACCUUUCUCCUGUCAUUCGUGGUGCUGUGCAUAACAUACCUGAAAGUACUCAAAGUGGCACGUAUCCACUGCAAACGAAUAGAUAUUAUCACAAUGCAAACUUUAGUUCUUCUCGUGGACAUUCACCCAAGCGUUCGUCAGCGAUGCCUAGAGGAGCAGAGAAGGCGGCGGCAGCGCGCGACCAGGAAAAUCAGCACCUUCAUCGGCACGUUUGUGCUGUGCUUCGCGCCCUAUGUCAUCACAAGGCUUCUGGAACUCUGGCCUACAGUUCGAAUAACCCAGCACUGGGGGUUGCUGUGUAAAUGCUUGGCCUAUAGUAAAGCAGCAUGUGACCCCUUCGUCUACUCCCUGCUCCGGCACCAGUACAGGAAGACCUGCACUGACAUCAUCAACCGCCUCCUGAAGCGCAGGUCUAUGAACUCGAAUGAUUGGCAGCGCAGGACCGGCCCGAGCACCAUCGUCCAGGCCCUGGAGUCGCCCAGGGCGAUAAAGGGAUGUGCUCCGUGAGAGGCGGGACCUGUGGUGGAGGACCCUGAGGAGCCUGCACUCAUCAGAGCUGUGAUUCAGCAGGCCUGCCACUCACCAGUGGGAACAUGCCUUGCCUUGACAAAGGGGAAUCUGGAAGGCUCCACUGUCAUAUAAGUGUUCUAGAAGAGAACAUUCUAGACAAUUUUCUUAUACAUGGACAUUCUAGAAACCUUAUGGAUUAGGACUUCUAAUUUUUGGAGAUAUUUUUCAAUCAUUUUAUUACUUGCUUAGUACCUUCUUGCUGACCAGAGCUGUAGCUGUGAAUUUUAUGAGUCCUGAGUUCAGACACUAAGGGUGAUAUGCUGGAGGUUGGGGGACAUCUGUGGAGUUUUGUGGUUCACUCGAGGCUCAGCACAAGGUGAUACAGUAAACUGAUAUAGUUUGAAAAUUUGAUAGACUUUUAUUCAAAGAAAUAACAAGAGUUUAUAUCUCUUCAUGUCUAUGAAAUCUAGCCUCGCUUGUUAUUAUGACUCAUGGUAGGCUUGUGUGACUACACUAUUUCCAAAGGAAAUGUGUAUGCUUACAGAGAGCAUAAUACAAAAAUGUAGCGCUCAGCUUAACACUCCAUAGAGUGUAGCUUAGUGCCAAUACAGAGAACAACUUGUCAUUUUACCAGUAACGCUAAGUUGUAAAUGAGAUUAUUUUACUCAUUUUGUGUCUAGAAUUCUGCAUAGAAAUACAGAGAUAAGCCUGAAGGAAAAGAAAAGGGUUCUAUCCAGUUUCAAACACUAAAGUAUAAUCCACUGCAAGUAUAAUCCACUGUGCUGGUAUUCUCCACACACUAACCUCUACAGAAUGGAGAAUAGUGAGAAAAUAAAUGCCAUGGCCUAUAGGUCUUCAGCAGAAUCUUUCAUAUGUGGUGGACCUGUGGCACGACCUCAGAGUUUUCUCUCUGGAAACUUGCCUUUUUUCCAACAGACUCUUGAAGCAAUGCUAUGUGAAACCAAUUAAAGCCUGUGGCUGGCAGCAAAGAGGGGUCGGAGGAGUCAGUGUUGGGAUGGAGAGAGAUGGGACACAGACCAGGGCCAAGCUGUGCUGAUGCCUGUUCUCUCACACUGACAGAUCAAGUGUAGCGUAAAUGACAGGGCUAGUUUGAGCCUAAUGGACAAAUCACCACCCUGGCUUUUUAGUGCCUUCCUGCUCAGGCAUAAUUACAUUUAGAUUAAGGGCAGUGGACCUCGUGGCUGACCUGCAAGUGCUCCUACUGUAGCUCUCCAUAGCGCUUGUGAUAGCUGAAAUACAGGGUGCUGUUGGAAUAAGUCUUGGUGGUCAUUUGUAGCCAGUUUUAUCCGAUCCGUCAUAGGAAUAGAUGUCACAGAUGUAAUCAGUUUUCUUAUGGAGUACUGUUAGUACUGUUAACUUUAGUAGGCAGUAGUCAUUAAAGAAGAAAAUAAAUGACCCAGCAACUAGCUACCUCUGAACAAUUUACUCUGUUUUACAGUAAGUAAAUGAAUAAUGAGGUUAGUGUAAAGCCAUCUUCUCUAUAAUUAAAAGAUACACUGUAUCUGAUGAGUCUCUGCAUAUAUAAAACAAUCAAUAUAUAUAUAUACUAAUAUAUUUCUAGAAUGUAAUUGAUAUUCAAGAACAGGACCCUGAAGCUUGCCAAGGAGAUUGCACUAGUAAUGGGAAUUAACUGAAUAUGAGUGAGUGAGUGAGUG